AGUUGAGCUCUCGUUUGAUUGGUCGUUUUAGCAGGUCCAUCAUCAUGCUGAUUGGCAAUAAUUAUGCCAUGAGGUGACGCAUCCAUCGCCACUUUCCAUCCGCACCCGUGGUGGACCCAGUAUGCCCACUGCCGUCGACACCAAAUUCCUUAUCGGAGCCACGGGCGUUCUGUGCCUCAAGCUGUACCUGACGCUCCUCAUCCAAGGUGGCAAGCGGUUUGCGGCUGGCACUCGCCCACCUGAGGACCAAAUCCUCAAGAGCUUGAACCCCACCAAGCAACGCCAAGCUUUCGGAGUGUUCGACGAAGCCGCUGAAGCCAAGAAGAGCGAUGACAAACCCACCAGUGGAUUGCGUGAAAAGCCGUCCGCUCGAGCUGUUGAAGCCGACAUUCGAUGGGAACGCAUUGUCCGCAACGACUUGGAGAACAUUCCCAUCGGGCUCUUGACCGCCUGGGCCGCAGUGAACUCUGGCGGGAGCGUGGCCGUCAACGCCGGCGCCAUCGCGGCCUUCACCGUGUUCCGCAUCUUGCACACGAUCGCCUACGUCAAGCAACUCCAGCCCCACCGCGGAAUCCUGUGGUUUGGCGGCGUCUUGAGUGUAUUCACGCUCGUCGGCAACAGCUUUUAUGGACUUUCGAAGCUGUAAUCGACUCUGUAACACUCUCAUUCGUGUCGUCUCAUUACGUCAAGCCGUCGCAGUGACCAACAUGUGUGAACACUUGACCGCGUGAGGCUACAGUGCGUGAAUAUAUAUCAAAGAAGAGCACCCACCACACCUAACACGUGGACCAUGCGUCGACUCUUGUGGUGGCGACAAGCUAGCAAGUCCGCAAGUUAGCAAGUCGGUUGAUCAGUAUAAGGCUCUACAAGUGGUAUUCUAGCCAUUUGGAUGUCGAAGUGGCACUUGCUUGGCUGCACUGGCCUCCCACGCAGCCGAAGAAGCAGCACAAUGAUACUGUUUGUGUCGAUGCUACAUAUUAUCGUGCUACAGUAUACAGAACUAAUAUAUAUUUUAAG